GAAUUCUCCUUUAAUCAGUUGAAAUUUGGAAUAAAAACAUUGCUGUUGAUAACCUAUAAAAUAAACAAUUUUGUUUAUUUAAAUGAUUUAUAAAUAAACAUAACCCUUUAUUUAUAUUACAGUGACAGUGAAAAUAGUGAAAUUAAGUUUUAAAAAUGUCAUAUCAAAAGACCUGGCAGAAACGUUGUGACGUAAAAUAUUGCGUUAAUACAAAUAAUUAUCUUGUUACAUUUUUUCCUACCCCUAAAGAUCCAAAUUUAUUUAAACAAUGGCAACAGGCAGUUCAAUGUACUGGAACUAUUUUACCACAAAAUGGUAGAGUUUGUGAGAAACACUUCUGUCCGAAAGAUAUUAUGGAAUUUACAUGUUUAAAAAAGAGUGAAAGUUCUAACAGUUCAAACAAUGUUGAUAAUGAAAAUAUUAAGUUACGAGUUCCAAUAAAUGGAGCAGUUCCAUCGAGAUUUGACGAUGAAAUUGCAAAAUAUUGCAAACAAAAUGAAAUUAUUAAUGAAGAAUUGACAUUGAAUUCUGUAAUUGUUAUUGAACAAAAUCGCACAAAUGAUGAAUCAUUUGUUCCAUGUAUAGAAUCUAAUAAAUCGGAAACUUCAAUAAAUGUUCCUAUCUCUGAAGAGAAAUCUCUACAUUCUGUACCAAUAAAGAAAAUUGUUCAAUCUCUAAAUAAUACAACAAAUUCAUCAACGAUUUUAUCUAAAGUUGAUAAAAAAUCUACAUUUAAUAAGGACUAUGUGAAUUCAGAUAUAUUGAAUUCUUCCUUAAUUAAAUCAAAUUCCGAGGAAAAUUCUUUAUCUCAUCAAAAGCAACUUGUUCCACCUGAAGAAAAUACAAAACCAAAAAUCAACAAUAAUGAAAAAAAAAGCAGUAUUCAAAUAAUUAAAGUAAGAUCAAUGAAAGAUACAUUUUUUGAGAAAAUGUAUAAAAGACAAAUUGAACCUCGUUUACCGAAUAAAUCUUGGAAUAUUCAUAAUUGUGAAGAACCACAAAAGGGAUUGAUUUUUGCAGAAUUAGCAGAAUUAAGUAGUGAUUAUCGAGUUCCACCAAUUUUAAAAAAAUCAGUAUUUUUCGAUGAAAAUUUUAAUGUAAGAAUAUAUUUUUUUGGCAAACUUUUUCCAAAUGUUGAAUAUGAUCCACCAAAGGGAAUUAAUGAUGUUGAGGAAUUUUUACGACAAAUUGAUUCAUUAAAAAUUUGCGAAGGUGGUCCACGUUUAACUGAAUUAACAAAUUCAAAAUUUGCCUUUCGUGACGAAGCAAUUUAUAAAUGGCGACACAAUAAUUGUGAAUUACGUUUAGAAAAAGGACAAGUUUGUAAAAAUUGUUUAUUACUCUGCAAAACAGUUGGCGAACGAAAUAUUAAUUUAUCAACAAUAUCACAUUCAUCGACAAAAAGAAUUAGAAUCGAUCCAAAUGAGGGGAAAAUAAUUAAAAAUAAUACAUAAAAUAAGAUUCUAAAAAUAAUACAUAAUGACUGAAAAUAGUUAAUAAUAUAAUUAAUAAAAAAGAGACUAUAAUUAUUGUAACAUUAUAUUAUUCGAAUAAAAAGAAAAUAUUUUUGUCUUAAUUACAAAUUUAAUAAUCAAA